UUUGUGCAGAUGUUUCUGUAGAAUUCUGGAAUUAAAGUCGUUUAUAUUUAAAUAAUCAGGUAAUGUCGUUCGGCGCAGAAAGUCAUAACAGUGGUCGGCGCAGUAAAUGGGACCAGGCCGCUCCCUCCUCCGGGGCUCUGGACGCCGCUGCUGCAGUCGCUGCAAAAAUUAACGCCAUGCUGGUGGCUAAAGGCAAACUGAACCCAUCUCAGAUCAGCUCACACACACCUACAGUGGAUACAACUGCUGCAGUAGGUGGAGGUGGUGGAGGAAAGUCCUCAGUAAAGGUGAGGGAUGAGCAGGUUGUGGCAGAGGUGGAGAUAAAUGAUGUACCUCUUACCUGCAGGAACCUGCUGACCCGCGGUCAGACCCAGGACGAGAUCAGCAGGGUGAGUGGAGCAGCAGUAUCCACCAGAGGGCGCUACAUGACCGCAGAAGACAAAGCGAAAUCUCUGCCCAGCGACCGUCCCCUCUAUCUUCAUGUCCAAGGCCAAACCAGAGAGCUGGUGGACAAGGCUGUUAACAGGAUUAAGGAACUUAUCACUAAUGGAGUGGUUAAAGCUGCUGUGUCUCAGCCUUCUACCUCUAUACUGCCCCCUACAGGACCCAAACCACACACUGCUGGGGUGAAGGUGUAUGUGGGACUGGACCAUGCAGUCCAAGGGUUCCCAGUAAAGGAGAAGGUGGAGGGGCCCAACUUUUCCUACCUGCAGCACAUUCAGAAUGAAACAGGGGCCAAACUCUUUCUGAGGGGUCAGAAGUCCGGCUGUUUAGAACCAGCAUCGGGGAGAGAGGCAUUUGAACCCAUGCAUAUCUACAUCAGUCACCUCAAACCAGAGGGCAUCACUGCUGCCAAAACCCUGUGUGAGAACCUGCUGCAGACUGUACAUGCAGAGUAUUCUCGUUACCUGAGCCAGAUGAGUGCAGUGAUGCCUACUCAAGGUUUUCUUUCACCUCCUGCAGUAAACGGGAUGCCCCAUUAUUACCCACCUCCUGUACCCUCUCCUCUUACUUCACAAUACUCCCUUCAGCUUCCAACAGUCACGCCCACUGCAUUACCUGAAACUACAGCGCCCCCUACAGCCCAGUACAGUAUCACACCCCCAGCACCAGUUCAAAUCACACAGCUCCUCCCACCACUCGUGUACUCACCUGUGACUCCUCCCCAACACAUUACUGCACCUCCAAUCACAACUGUGGCUCUACUUCCAUCCUCGCCUCUGAUUCCCUCUAAACAUUUAGCCCCGCCCCCUGCCCAGAAAAGACGCUUUACUGAGGAUAUUCCUGAUGAGAGAGAGAGCGGCCUGCUGGGAUACCAGCAUGGACCCAUUCAUGUGACUAAUUUAGGUUCAGGCUUUUCGCUGGGCAGUUUAGAAUCUGCAGAACCCCAACAUAGCACCUCCACUUCAUGUGUGGCGAGACCAGAGAGAGACAGCUGGCAGUUGAUGCCCCCUCCACCCGCACCACAUGGUACUGCAGUGAGGGAUCAACACUCAGACCACCACCUGCAUAGCUCAUUGGCUCCUCAGGUGAAGCGGUUUAAGGUGAAGUUUGGGGCGGGGCUGGUCUCGUACUCCACUGAUUCCUCUGAUGAGGAGGAUGAGCUAGUUGCCCAAAAGUUGGGUGGAGCCAAUGUGACUGCUCCCUCCUCUGCAUGGCCUGUACGGACAUUCAGAAACCCUGUCCCAUCUCAGCCCCGCCUCAAAACACAGAGUACCCAGCCGAUGCCCUUUUGGAUGGCGCCCUGACAGGAAGGUGUUUUACACAUGCAUGCACACACACACCAAACAACAGAGACUGAUGUAACAGACAGGAAGUGAUGUAAGUGAUUGAUGUCAUUCUCAGAAUAAACAGUUCUACUUUGUUAGA